CUCUCGGUCUCGGCUACGACAGACACGGCGUAGGGAUACUACAUGUACGUACAAAUCCAGCUGGCAUUGUUCUGUGUCUGUGGUUUUUGCAGCCAGCGGAAUUAAUUACUCAGCCCUCUCUGCGUCUCGAAUUUUCUUCUCCUCUUCUCCCGUCCUAAGCCCUCUUGCCACACAAAAGACGUCGCCUGCUCGACAGCUCUUCUCUCCUCUUUGGGCACCUUCGUCUUCGUUGGGCCAGUUCGCUGCUCGUUAGGCUAGCCUGCAUAGGCUCCUCGAUCCCGCAUUCGAGCCACGACAGCUGGUCACCCACCUGCCGUCUCCUCAUUCGACCCCCAGGACACGCUCGUCGUGCUGCAGCUGCCCUUUGGCUUUCCCCACGCUUCGGUCCCGGACCUUGAGAUCUUGUCCCUCCCAAAGGCCCUCUUCUGGUCCCCUCCGGAAAGCUUCAUCCUGGGCCUGACGCCGCCAGAGCUGCUUCGUGCUUGUGCUGUGCUUGUGCUUGUGCUUGCAGGAUACAUCCCAACUCACCGGCGAGACAGCGUCAGCCUUCUGAUCUAGCACAGCCGCUGCUUCUGCUGGCAUUUCCUCUAUUCCCUUUACCGCUUGGCGUGAGUCUAUCGUUGCUUCUGCUUGUCUUAUCCUUUCCUCAACCAGAGAUACCAAGGUGCGCAAGUCCUUCAUCAGGAUGGAUCCGGACUGCGCCAUAUGCCAUGCUCCGGCCUCGAUGGCCUGUGACUGCGAGGCAAAGGGCCUCGAAGUGGCCGUUAAGCAGGCCGAGGAACGCAUGAUGCGAUCCAUAUAUAGCGACAUACGUUCGUGGGUAAGGGGCCAUGCUCAGGAUUAUAUUCUUGAGUAUUUCCGUCAACUUGCCGAGCGACGAAAGACGGCCCACUCGGCUCAUCUCGACCACAUCACCGCCCACGCAUUCUACCAUUACAAUGCGCCGCCACAUCCAAACCAGAUUGCUGAGGCUCAGGCCACUCUGAAGCGAGGCAUCGAUGAGGAUUGGCAGGCCAGCGUACAACGUUAUCCCGAGGUCCUCGAAUACUUCUACAGCCUCAUCGAACUUACCCUUCCCGCCGACGACGAGGCUGCCGUAAAGAACCCUCCCUUGACUGCUCCUCCUCCUCGAAAGCCGAGCCGUCGAGCCGGCUCAAUCAGCGCCAGCGCUGGUUCCGCUCCUCCUCCAGCCAUUGCUCCUCCAUCAUCUUUCCAUGAUCGUGAUGCCCUCAUGGAGCGUCGUACCCCUGCGCCGCCUGCGACGCCACGAGACCGAAGGACAUUCAGGCCACCACCUCCCCAGCACCACCCAUCUUCAUCAUAUUACGCACCAUUUGGAUAA